GUUAGGGUUGGGAGAGGAGAGGACCUGUUGUUCAGGAAACGAAACUUAAGGUUCGUAGAAACCAAAGACAACCGACGUGGAAGCAGUUCUCUCUUUCAGGAGAAAAAUGAAACGCAAUUGGUCUGACAGACUGAAAACACAACAAGGUGAGUAAAUCAGCACAAGAUAAGGAAUUGAUGGAAUUAGAAAUAUAUAAUUGCUCAAUACAUAAACCUUGUCGUCUGUGUCUAGGAAUGGCCUCUGCUAACACUUCCUGGUCUGAGGAGAACUUUUCAUGUUCCAUCUGUCUGGAUGUGUUCAUCAGUCCAGUUACCACACCAUGUGGACACAACUUCUGCAGAACCUGUAUUAAAAAGUUCUGGGAUGAACAAGUCCAGUACAAAUGUCCGGUUUGCAACAAGCUUUUCGGCACAAAACCUGAUCUACAGGUCAAUACCUUCUUAUCAGAGCUGGCUGCUCAGUUUAGAACAACCGUACAAGUAAAAGAGAAGCCUUUUGUUGAACCAGCAGAAGUUCCCUGUGACGUCUGUACUGGGACCCAGCUGAAGGCCGUGAAGUCCUGCCUAGUGUGUCUUAUCUCUUACUGCCAAACCCACCUAGAGCCACAUCAGAGAGUCGCUGGCCUGAAGAAACAUCGGCUGGUCGAGCCUAUGGACCGGUUUGAAGACAAGAUGUGUAAGAAACACGACCGACUUCUGGAGCUCUUCUGCCAGACUGAACAGGCGUGUGUGUGUCUGUUGUGCACAGUGACAGACCACAAGUCCCAUCCUGUUGUACCUCUAAAGGAGGAAUAUGAAGUGAAGACGGCCCAGCUGGGGAAGAUAGAGGCUGAAGUUCCGCAGAAGAUCCAGGAGAGAAAACAAAAGAUUAAGGAGAUCAAAGAUAAAGUGGAACUGAGCAACAAAGACGCAGACAGAAAGAUAGCCCAUGGUGGGCAGGUCUUCACUGCUCUGAUAGGCUGUGUUGAAAAGGGCCGGGAUGAAUUCAACCAAACGGUUAAAGAGAAACUGAACUCCACAGUGAAACAAGCUGAAGACCUCAUCAAAGAGCUGGAGCAGGAAAUAAAAGAUCUGACCAAUAGAAGCUCAGAGGUGAAGCAGCUCUCACAGACUGAAGACCACCUCCACUUCCUCCAGGCCUUCAGAUCCCUGAAAGAUCCUCCACCCACCAGGGACUGGACGACGGUGGAGGUUCGUCCUCCGUCAUACGCAGGGACCUUGAGGAGAUCCCUGGAUCAGCUGGAGGAGACACUGAACAUGGGGAUGAAGAAGCUGCGUGAUGCUGAACUGAAGAGGGUCCAGCAGUAUGAAGUAGAUGUGACUCUGGAUCCUGAUACAGCUAAUCCCAAGCUCAUCCUGUCUGAGGAUGGGAAACAAGUACAUGAUGGAGGUGUGUGGAAGAGACUCCCAGACAACCCUGAGAGAUUUACACAGAAAAUGUAUGUUCUCACAAGGCAGAGCUUCUCCUCAGGUAGAUUUUACUUUGAGGUCCAGGUUAAAGAAAAGACUGGAUGGUUUGUAGGAGUGGCCAGAGAGUCCAUCGACAGAAAAGGUCUGACAGAGCGGACCACUGGGAAUGGCUACUGGACUCUUUACUACAACAAGGAUGGGUUGGUAUUUAGUGAUAAACCUGCUGUCCGUCUCCCUCUGAGAGCUGAGCUCCAGAAGGUGGGGGUGUUGGUUCAUUAUGAUGAGGGUCUGGUCUCCUUCUAUGAUGUGGAAGCCAGGGUUCAUAUCUACUCUGCUACUGGCUGCAGCUUCACUGAGCCUCUCUAUCCAAUCCUCUGCCCAUGUGUUAAUUAUGAAGGUAACAACUCUGCCCCCCUCAUCAUCUCACCUGUCGAUCAAACAGACUAGGACCUUGGUUUGGUAAUACAACAUACAAACAACCAAAACAACUCAUUGUAUAUCCUGAAUGAUAAUCUCUACUAUGUGAUAUCUGAGAGAACUGCAUUAAUGUCAUACUGCUGUCAUUUAACGAGCUUAAGUACUUUGAGAAUCGAACCCCAGUUGUUGAAUACAACCCUUUAUAAAGGGCAAGAUUACACUUUUGUCUAUUUUUUCCAGAUUUUUUUUAUAUGGUUAACGCUAUUGUUAACAGUUGCAGUUAUGAAGAACAUCCUUAGAGCAUUCAUUUGUAUACAUAAUAAUUGUAUUAACAUUUCUAUUGGUUUUAACUUCUGGAUAAUGAAUGACAAAACAAUACAAUUGUCUUACUUUUCAAAUUCUAAUAGAAGGAAAAAUAAUGAAUUUGUAGUCCUACAUUAUCAUUGUAAUAGAUAAUUUAAGUGAAAUAGAUACAUUCCAGUCUAAUAGUGCUCAGUAGAAAUGCUGUCUGUGUAAUACAAAAGAUACAUUUGUUUGUCGCCUAAAACAGUAAUUUUCAUCAUUUGAGAUCGAUGGAACGUUUAAAAUCGUUAAAUAAACAAAGCUCACAGUGACUACAUGUAAAGAUUCCCCCCAUGUCUGUGAGUAAUGUGACUUUGUCUUGUCGUCUCUCCUCUCUCCAUCCUGCUCUUUCCUAACUCUGCCCUCCUCUGUAGCUAAUCUAGGAUUGUGUUUAUCAUUGUCUUGCAUUACAUUAAUUACUUAUGGUCUAAAUCAUUCACAAAGUGUGUCAUUAGUCUCCUUUUAGAAAUAUUAUAAUUAUUAUUAUUAUUAUAAUUUGCUGUUGCCUUUUAUGCUUCAUUUUGUUGAUUUAGAUAAUUGUUCAUUUUUUUUACCAGUAGAUACACUGAAUUCUCAUUUAAAGGGUGAUCUUUAAGCUAUGUUUAAUAUGAUCAAGAGGGAGGAAUGUAGAAUGUUGGUGUGUUUUAGUGUCUCUCUGUGUUCACAUCUCUUAGUCUAGGAACAGGCCAGUGCCUCUCCUACUGUACGAGGUGUUAUUUCCAACAUUCUGUCAUUUGUGAUGUCCCGACAAGGACGAACCAACCCUGUUGUCUGGGACAUAGCCAGGGCCGUAUACCUUAUCAAGGGAGACUGUUAUUUUGUUAUUCACGCUUUCUUUCCUAUAAUACUGGCCCCAACCCUUUGGUUCGGUGAGAAGAGGGAUGGACAGCCAAGGAGCACGUCUGGAGACUGCUCCUCACCUCCUACACUGAGACUAUCCCACCUAAGUCUGUACCUGUGCUGUAUUACAUCCUCCAAUAAACCUUCUAUUCAACCCUCGGAUCCAACCUGGCAAGUUGCUUUGAUUUCCACUUCAAGAAUUACUACUACGAGGAGAAAUACACAACGCAGAGUCUUUACUCUGCGUAACUUAUCACCGCUGUAUCAGCUGUUCUUUCCCAAAUAAUUUAACCAACGUUAUCAUUUACCCUAAAUGUGAUUUUGUUUUGGAAGGUUGGGAUAUAACCUGCUUUGCUCGAGUUUAUCGUUGUUAUUAAUAUUUUCAUGCAUGGUAUAGCCUACUACAGUGUUCAUUCAUGCAGCCCCUAUGGAAAACAUGUUGCAGCUCCGACCUGCCGUGGUACGUCCAAAUAG